AUGGAUUUUAUAAAAAGUGGCAUAGCUCUCAACCACCGCAUAGACGGAAGACGACUGGACGAACAAGCGAAGAUUAGUGUAAUCCCAAACAUCUCAUCCAACUCACAUGGAAGUUCACAAGUAUUUCUUAAUGACAACAUCGUACAAACUACAGUAAAUUUUUCUAUCGCAUCUCCUGAUCACUCCGCCUUAGAUGAAGGAAUGGUUGAAGUAACAGCUAGUGGAGCAUAUAUUUUUGAAAGUGAUGAAUCGGCACAAAGAGAAGAUGAAGGCAUUGGGAACAUUAUCGAGGCACUGCAAUUCCAAAAGAACUUUAUCGACAAGAAAAUUCUCUGUAUUAUGCCAAAUAAGUUCGUAUGGAACCUAAAAAUACACACCACGAUAUUACAAAGAGGAGGGUCACUUCUUGACGCAAUUAGUAUCGGUAUAGUUACAGCUUUAAGAUGUUCUAGAUUACCAUCUGUGGCUGUUAUGCUAAAAGAUGAAAUAGAAAGCUCGGACGAUGACAAAAAUCUCCAAGUAAAGUUGUCUGCCGGGUUAGAAUAUAUAACUUUAUACACAAAAACUCUCAGACUAAAUACCGAAGUUAUGGACAUCGCAAAAAAACUACCAAUAAUUACAACUGUCGCUCAAAUAGGUUCAAAAAAUGUCUGGGGAAUAACAAAGGAAGAAGAAAUAUGCUCCGGUGGAUUUCUAUCUGCAGCCGUCUGUCCAGAUGGAGAAUGUGUUGGAAUUAAAAUCAAUGGUUCAUGUUUUUCAAUGUCAUCGGUGGAUGAACUCGUCAGAAAAUGCUGUACCAUAGCUGUAAAUAAUCACGAGGUUAUAAAUGAAGCCAUUGCUACUAUAUAA